AUGGAAGAGAAACUACUUACGGCUCCAGGGUACUGCUGCAAAACUGUCAAGUACACGAGAAAUGAGCAGCGCUUGCCUUGGCUCACCGACGUGCAAUACGUCACCGUGCAAGAUCAGGUGGCCAAAGUGGCUCCUGUGAGUGACCCAAUGGUGACUAUCGGGAGGGCCUUCACUCGACACAUGUGGGACUGUGGCCUUUUGGACGACUACUUCCCGGUCAACUUCGUUGAUCUACCUAUAGCGUUCAAUUGCGUGCUUAAUUUGCUGUUUGAGUCAAGCCAUCAUUACUACGACGUAUGCGUUUCGUUCAAGUUCGUUGAGCGAUACCCAGACAAGAAACACCAUAUCGGAGUCACAGAAAAAGAAAUCACGGAGUUUCUCUUACAACGGCUUGUGGAGGGAAAUUCCCAUCAUCUGUCUGUGGAGGCAAAAUUACGCUAUUUGUAUAAGCUACAGCAAGUGACGUGUAGCAUGAACGGCCUCGAUUUAGUUGUUGGCUAG